AUGGACGAAUUUUCGAAUCACAUUGAUACAUUUUUCGGACUGGAAGUGCUCAGGAACCUCUUCAAGACUGAAACUGAAAUCGCUCAGAUAAAAGCGUGCCUUGCAGCAGUUCAUCUUAUCCGAUCGCCUGAUAACUGGAUGCGGGUGUUGCUUUGUUUUCAUCCAAUUAGGCGUCUUCUGGAUAAAAUUCGUGAUACUCUAAUGGAUCCUAGAGAACAUUGCCAUUUUCAGCCAUCGAUACUUCGGCAGAUUCUGGUCGCAUUUGGCUCUUUGGUCUCUAAUGAGAUUCUGGCACGCCUAUCGAAGAAGUUUAAGUUGAAGCGGCAGCAAUGUUUAACCAAUGAUUCAUGUGUUUUGUGGGAGGCACGCAAAGCGUUACGUUCUGAUUCGCGCAAACUAAUCAAAUUCACGUGCGGCGACCAGGAGGAAUAUGUCCCGCAACAGAGUCUCUGUCAAGGAAGUGAAUAUUUCCGGGGCAUGUUUCGGAACGCAUUUUCGGAGCGAACUCGCAACACAUUUGAAUUCAACGAGGAGAAGGAGCAGUGUAGUUUCGAAGUGUUCUGUCGUUUUUUGCAUUUCAUUUGUGGAUGUGGUCGAGACUGCUUCAUCGUCCAAGAGACUGAUGUACCAGCUCUGCUCAAGGUUACCUUUGCUUCUUUCAUAUUAUAUUGUGCAUCUAUGUUUGCAGCACCAGUUCAGUCAGGAUGA